UGUUGGAGAAUAAAUAAAAAGAAAAAAAUAAGUGGCGGGGUUCCAAAGCGGCGGAUAAAGAAUAGGUACUCGUGGACCAACGGUCAACUCAACGGCACCAACCCCGGCGCAUUUUAGCGCAAGAGCGCCGUUUCCGUCCCGCAAAAUCACUCGGCAGCACAGCUUGCACUCUAAAAACCCUAACUGAUCCAGGAUCGGGCCUCGGUUUCAUGGCCACCGGAUCGCUUAGGAGGAAGCUAAAUAAGCGAUCGGAUCCCAGGCCUUACACUUCCAUGGCUGCUCGGCCCAAGUCCUCAAACUACAGAAAAACCUCUCUGAUCCUCUCCGUCGUUCUCAUUGUUGGCGUUUUUAUUCUUCUGGGCAUUUCUUCGAACAUUUUGAUUAACGUCUCUGCCGUUUCCGCCAGCAUUUUCUCAAUCGAGGUAGUCAAUGAGUUCCCUCACGAUCCCAACGCCUUCACCCAGGGGCUUCUUUAUGCUGGAAAUGAUAGCUUAUUCGAAUCAACUGGUCUUUAUGGGAAGUCAUCAGUGCGCAAGGUAGCUCUUCAAACAGGGAAGGUUGAAGUUCUUCAGAAGAUGGAUGCUUCUUAUUUUGGAGAGGGAUUAACUCUCCUUGGUGAAAGGCUAUUCCAAGUAACUUGGUUGACGAACUAUGGUUUCAUAUAUGACCGAAAAAAUUUAAGCAAAUUUGAGAAGUUCACUCAUAAGAUGCAUGAUGGUUGGGGACUGGCUACUGAUGGGAAAGUGUUAUUUGGAAGUGAUGGCUCGUCAGUGUUGUACAAGAUUGACCCUCAAACAUUGAAAGUGACCGACAAACAUAUUGUCAAAUACAAAGAUCAUGAAGUGUACAACCUCAAUGAGUUGGAGUUUGUAAAAGGCGAAGUUUGGGCAAAUGUUUAUCAGACUGACUGCAUUGCUAGAAUCUCACAUGAAGAUGGCAGGGUGCUUGGAUGGAUUCUCCUUCCAAAUUUAAGGGAAGGCUUACUAGCAUCUGGGAAUCAUGGUAUUGAUGUUCUAAAUGGCAUUGCAUGGGAUAGUGACAAAAAACGUAUCUUUGUGACCGGAAAACUUUGGCCGAAGCUUUAUGAGAUCAAGCUACAUCCAAUAAAGAAACAUUUCAGAGAUGGAGCCAUUGAGGAGCUCUGCCUGCGAAGGCCAUUCCAUUUUUGAAGCCAUAAAGAGAGCCAGUUCCAUUGUAAGGCUGGGCAGGGUAGGGCAGGGCAUACAUCCAAUGGGAUUUUUUAUUUUGCAUUGUGAUAUACAAUAUUUUGCAAUUUCAGCCCACACAAAGGACCGGAAAUCAGUUGGAGAACUGCCUUGUAAGUUGUAAGAUUCUGAAAAGAAGCGUUUAAUUGGCGAGUGAAUGAACAAUUUCAGAGUUAUUGGAAUUCUAAUUCCCAGUGACGUAUAGUUCAGCUC